AUGGAAGGUGCGAAAGUGAUUGCAAAAGAUCUUGGGUUCUUUUUGACACAUUCAUCAACCAAAUCAAAUGAUGGCGAGAAGUACCCCCGAAUAUAUCUUCACUGCCAUCGUGGAUAUAAGAACAAUACAUAUGUCCCAGAUCCGGAUAAGAAAGGACGAUCCAACACAAAGUCACUUAAAGAUGGUUGUCGUUUUCGAGUGAGACUGGUGGGACUCCCGGAGGAAAAGACUUGGAUGAUUGAUGGUGUGAAGGACAAUCACAAUCCGGGACAAUUUUGUGGGUUUCACAACCAUGCAUUAGAGCUUUAUCCCGAAGGCCACACUCAGAGGAAUGCUUUUACUAAUGAAGAGCUAAAGGAUAUGAAGGAGAUGGAAUGGGCUCGUGUUGCUCCUCGAAAAAUGAUGCAAACUAUCAACCAAAACUAUGGUACUCACCAUAACAAACGACAAUUUUACAACAUGACAGCAAAUAUAAGGAUUGAGAGAUUGAGUGGCAUGACCCCUUCGGAUUGGACGUUACACCAUGCGAGAGAGAUGGGGUACUACAUUGGCUACAAGCGUGAUGAUGAUCGCCACCUUACUCACCUUUUUCUUGCUCACCCCUGA